UCCAUGAGACAAUUAUCGGUAUACCAACGCGUGUGCAUUCGUGUGAUACAUGCUUGUCAGUUAAGUUCCCGCGCCUGGGUCUGCCAAAAUCGGUGAUCAUGUUUAGAAACUCCACGAUCGCAGCUUAGGGCAAAAAGGACUUACCCGUUUGAUUCUCGAGAAAGAUUCGAUACCAAUUAUUAUUAUUUUCGAAUGCCAAAACCACAAUUCCUUUCCCCAACUUGAAGCUAUCGCCCAAUUCGCCGAUGUUCUUCCACGGCAUAGUCAGGCGGAGAAUUGCGUCACUCUUGCAGCCAUGGCUGUUAGAGGAACCGGAGUUUGAACUGGAAUUAGGCCUCAUAAACUCUAGAAUAAGCUCAAAGAACCUUAGCUUUGAUUCCUCUGCUCUUAAUCGGCUCCUCGACGAUUCCUCUCGCUUCUCCUUCAAAGAGGUCAGUGUUGAAGAGGUUAGUGUUCGCUUCUCCAACUGGUCUGUCCCUGCCUUCAAAAUCGAAGUUCGCGGCCUCAGUGUCACUCUGCUGGCAGGGGAAGAAAAGGAGAGCAGUUCAAUGCGCUCGAGGAAAUCGAGUGAGAAGGUUUAUGAGGAAAAAAAGAAGGCUGUUGCUGAGAUUGAUCCUGAGGGUAGCGCCUUGCAUAAUGUGCUGGAGAGGAUCUUGGUCUCCACUCCCACAAGAAAUCGUUUUACAACUUCGCUAUUGAACCUUGUUCUCAAACAUUGCCAUUUACAGAUAUUUAGUACCAAUCUGCAAGUGCAAGUUCCCAUCUUAAACGAUGCCCUAGUAUGUUUGCUUGAACUAAAGGAGUUUAAUGGUGAAUCUCAGUAUUUUCAGCAUGGAUGUAUUCUCAGAGGAUUUGUUGGUGCGAUUUUUAAUCCAGUAAAAGAAACUACUAUUGUUAUCAAUUUUGGAGGUUUUGGAAUUGGAUAUGAGGUGGAAAAUAUGAAGAACUCUCUUGUUACUUCCACAGACUUAUCGUCAUGCAUUGAAUUGAAUGAUCUUCAGCUGGCAGAAUUCAGUAUCCUGGUUCCAGAAUUAAAUAUUUCAUUUUCUCCACUUGAUCUCCUUGUUUUGUCAACAUUUGAAAAUCUACUAUCAAAAAAAUCAAAAGGUACCAGAAAUGGUAGACAUCUUUGGAGACUAGCUGCAAACAGAUUAGGAUAUGUGAUUUCAUCUCCCAGAUUGUCAUUGCAUAAUUUAGUUGAAUUGGUUUGUCUGUGGCUACGUUAUCUCAAUGCUUAUGAGCAUUUACUUUCCUUCAUUGGAUAUUCUACAGUCAACACAUUGAAAAAGCCUGCUGUUGAGAUUUUCCGAGACAAUCUCAGUUCAGUUGCUCACAAUUGGGAGUUGAUUUCUCGUAUUGAGAAGGAGCUACCAGUGGAAGCGAUUGCCCAGGCACGGCGAGUAGCCCGAUACAGAGCGGCUUUGAACAUUCAACAUGAUCAAUCUGGUCAUAUGGAAUCCUCCAUCUAUAGUUGGUUCAAAAUUUUCUCCAUAAUCCUUUCAGUUCUAGUAAUCACUUGGAAAUUUAUAUGCAGAAUAUUCCUCUUAAUUGUACAUGGUUUCUUGUCAAUAAAGUUUUUCCUUCAAGAACAGAAGUUUGAUGGGCAUAAGAGAAUCAUUUCUGAGGAUCAUUGUCCACAAUAUUGUUUCUUGCUAAACUUUGGAAAAAUCUCAAUCACUCUUUCCCCAGCUAACAAAAUGCAGAAUAUUGAUGAAAAAAUGGAAUUGAACAUUGGGAUUCCUCAUUCUGAUGUACACUCUUUCUGUCUAUCAAUUGAUGCAGUAUUAUUAGUGUAUGUCGAUGAAAUUUUUGGACAGUCUUUGACAAUUUCCUGUGGGCAGUUAAAGGUUAAGUCAUUUUCUGUUAUUGGGGCUACAAUCAUGGACAGCUGUUUAAAACAUCAUAUUAGUUCUGUGAAAGGAAAUCGAAGUAGGAGGGUUGAUAAUUUAAAAACUGUUCUUUGGGGUGAGCCUGCACAAAUAUUUUCCCCUUCACAAUCUAGUGAAACUAGUGCUGUGGGUCAAGCUGAAAGUGCUUGUAGUCCACAUUUAAAAAUUUUGCUGGGAGAAAUGUGGUCAGCUUGGAAGAGGGCUCACACCAAAUAUGAGGAGAAUGAGAUUGAGUAUUUGCAAAAGCCAUGGCUUCUAUUUGAGAUAAAAAAUAAAUUGAUUUAUACAGGCCCGAAGAGUCCAGAUCCUGGGUUUUGGAAAUGCUGUUUGGUAGUAGGAAAAUUAAAUGUAGCUCUGGGAUAUUUAUCAGUAAUAUCAAUGGCUAUCCUGCUUGGGCAGAUAAAGCAUGCUCUAACAUGGACUGAGGACAAUGGAAGAGGAAGUGUUCUUUCACAUCCAACUCCAACCACUGAAGAAUUUAGUUGGGAAGGUAAAUACGAGGGCUUUGUCACUAGACUGAAGUUGAACUUGCUUAGAAUGCUUCCAGGGAAAAGUAUUCAACUUGGUGUAUUCAUAACUGGUCCUCACAUCCAGAUGUCAAUGAGAAAGAUUGAGUCGAAGAAUGGGAAAAAAAACAUGCAUUAUACAGUUGGCCAGGAUGACAUUAACCUUGGAUUUGAUAUCCAGAAUAUUGAGGCUGUUGUUCGGCCAACUUCAAAAUCUGAUUUAGCAUUAACUCAAUUGCCAGGAUUUGCUGAUGCAGAAACAGAAUGCCAUAGGUCGCGAGAGCCUAAGAUAAUUGAAAUUCCUAAAUCAGAUAAUGAGAAGUAUGCUUCUCAAAUUUGUGUUUCACUCAGGUCUUACCUGAGGGUCAAUGGUUUGAACAUUUACAUGGGAGAUUCGACAGACAUACAGGAGAGCCAGAUUCUCAUAUUGAAGCCAAUAGCUUUUCAGUUGUCAUUUUUCAGGGAGUGUGUUCAUUCAUUUAGUAGUACGAUCACGGCUUUCUCUGCAGCCUUGUGUGGGAGGGCUUCGGGAUUUACAGUCAUUUCACAUAUGGAUGAGUUGCAUGCUUUGUUUCAGGUCAUUGCAUAUUUAUUUUCAGUGGUUUCUUAUGCUUUUGAUAGCUUUCACAAGAUCGGUUAUAUGCCUCCUCGAGAUUUUAUAAGGCAAAGUAAGGUGUUGCCAAAACCUGACAAUGACGAGAGUACUGCAGAGGGAGCGCCUUUGAUUUAUAAUAGUACUUUGUUUUCAGUUAAUGCUACCUUUCAUUUCAAGACGGUGGAUGUGAUUCUUCAGAAUUCUAGAUUAUGUGACAAGGGGGAGAAUUGGAAAAAAGUAUUUGAUACUUUUAGUCAUCAAAAAUUGUAUGCACAUGAUUUUCAUGAUUAUGGAAUAUGGUUUUCUGUUCAUCAUGCUGGUGUGGAUAUGUCUUAUGAAGAAAGGAAAGUGGAAGUUCUCUUUGAUUUGUUAGGAAUCCAGUCCGUUAUAUUUAGGUAUCGAGAUCACAUGGGAAAAAGUUUUGAUCACUUUGUAGUUAGAAAUUUGCAGCGACACUCUAAUUAUUGGUUAUAUGAAUUAUCUCUGUCUAAUUUCACAUUAUCUUUGGGGUUGGGCCAUCCUCAUGAUAGGAUGAGCAACUCAUUAAAUAAUUCUACUUUGGGUGGUGAUGCAUACUCAUUAAAUAUUGAGGAGAACUCCCAUUUGAUAACUGAUUCUGAAACCUCAAGUGCACAGUCUCAUACUUUGGGUUUUGCUUCAAGUACCUCAGCUUCAACCUCUAGCCAAUGGAUUCUUAUAAAUGUUUCACUGAGCGGAAUAUUUGUUGGGAGGCACUCAAUAAAGAAUGUUGUGAUUGGGGCACGGCAGGUCAAUAAGUUUACAUCAUUGCUUUCAGUAGGUGGUGAUCUUCAGACAAUCUCUUGGAGAAUACAGGGUGGUCAUCUGUUUGUUGAAACUACAGCAUCGGUGAUAUUUGCUCGGUGUUUUGCUUUGUAUCUUCAUUGUUUAACAAGUGUUUUAUCAACUGUAAAAAUAUCUGCCAAACAAGUUGAAAAUGCUGAACAUGAUGUCCAAGAGAUACCACAGGAAACUCAACAAUCCUGCUGGGAAAUGCCUGAGACUUCCACUGUAGAUGUCUCUCAGUUUUCUCUUAUUCUCCUUAUCGAAAAUGAUUCUGGUGGUUUUCAGGAACUUGUGACUGAGCUUGAUGUCUUUGUGAAGCUUGAAUCAAUAAACGUGCAAAGGAGGUUCACAUUUGAACUUUCUCGCAUGUCAAUCUUUUCUCAAGUCCUUCAAGAAUCUGCCAAAAAUGAAAAUCAAUUUCCUCAUUUUUCUUCUGCCAUGUCAAAUGAGUCAUCAUCUCAUUUUACAGCCAGAGAUCCUGCCGUGGGAUUUCAUCAUAUGGAUGGAAGUCAUGCAAAUCCUCGGAAUUAUAUAUUGAAUAAAUUAGUUGCUUCCAUAUCAGCUGCGAAGCCCAAGAAUGGGCCCCUGCCACUUGAUCACGUUUGGAUUGGCAAUGGCUCUGUUUCAGGUUUUGACAUGACAAUUUCUCUAUCUGAAAUAUUGAUGUUUUCAUCAAUCGUUCCAUCCUUCUCUGGUGGAUACAACAAAAAGGGAACCAAUGAUCUCAAACAAAGGAGCUGGUCCAGUAACCAAGCAGAGAAAAGAUUAGAAGAUAUGGUUCCUAAUGGUGCAAUUGUGGCAAUUCAAGAUGUGCAUGAACACAUGUACUUUGCAGUUGAAGGAGAAAACAACUAUACUUUGGUUGGUGUAAUCCAUUAUUCUCUUGUUGGAGAAAAGGCUCUUUUUAGGGUCAAACACCACAAACAAAAAAUAUGGAGUUCAUCAGUUUUAUGGUUCUCCUUGAUCUCGUUGCAUGCCAAGAAUGAUUCUGGUGAACCCUUGAGAUUGAAUUAUCGUCCUGGGUCAGUUGUUGUUGACAUCUCCAGCACAAAUGAUAACAGAUGGUCUCUUUGGAGAGCACUCUCUAAUGAGCCUGAAAGCUACAAGGGUGAUGUUGAAUUGGAGCCAUAUAAUAAUUUGGUUAGGAAUAAGUUUUACCUGAUCAAUAAGAAGAAUGACUGUGCUGUUGCUUUUAUCGAUGGGAUUCCAGAAUUUGUCAGGAAGCCUGGAAAUCCUUUCAAGUUUAAACUAUUCCAGGACCAUACUUUGAGUCACAAUAUUAUUACUUCAGAUAGGUACUCUUUGGAGACUUCUGGAGUCAACCUGCAUUCUAGGGUGCAGAAGGAGGACAGAACUUCUUAUCAGAGUGGAAAACUCCCUUGUGUUCAAAUUGAGAUUGAUAAUUUGAAUCUGACCAUUGUUAAUGAACUUCAAGAUUCAAAGGACAGGUUUCCUCUCCUUCGUGGUUGCAUAAAAAGUGCAGAAAUCAAUGUUCAAAUUCUGUCUUAUAAAACCAGAGUUAUGAGUACAUCAUGUGCUUCUCUAUAUUAUUUUUAUGCACAAAGAAAUUCUUGGAGAGAACUUGUUCGCCCAGUUAAAAUUUGUAUAUUCUACCGUUCAAGUUCUCAGAUUCUAAGUUUGGAAACUGUUCAUCGUGGAGUACCAGUUCAUGUCUAUUGCAGAACUAAGGAGUGGGACAUAUCUCUAACUGAGGUUUCGCUGGAUAUACUACUUCUUGUCAUUGGGGAAUUAAACUUGGCUGGUCCGUUUUCAGUGAGGAACUCCUUGAUAUCGGCCAAUUGCUGCAAGGUGGAAAAUCAGACAGGUUUAAAUCUUCUUUGCAAUUUCUAUGAUAACAAAAGUGUGACAAUAGCCAGAAAACAGUCUGCUUCUGUAUUUUUAAGGCAGCCUGUAUUAGCAAGCAAACCUCCAGAAGGUGCACCAUUUGUUACUGUUCAACUUUCUAAUCUUGGAUCUUUUUCAACUUCUUCACUACAUCUUUCUCUUUUAAAAUCUCAAACGCUUGCUUGGAGAACACGCAUAGUGUCAGUUUCAGAUUCAAGAGCUUACCCUGGACCAUUUGUAAUUGUUGAUAUUUCAAGAAAAUCUAAGGAUGGUUUGUCUAUUGCCGUUUCUCCUUUAACCAGAAUACAUAAUGGAACUGAAUUCUCCGUUGAGCUACGAUUCCGACGACCUCAAGAAGAUGAGAAUGUAUUUGCUUCUAUGUUGCUGAAGAAGGGGGAUUCAAUUGAUGAUUCCAUGGCAACAUUUGACGCUAUAAAUUUGUCUGGUGGAUCAAAGAAGGCAUUAAUGUCUUUAAGCAUUGGUAACUUCUUGUUUUCUUUCAGACCUGAAAUAUCAGAUGACCUUUCAAAUUCCAAGAGAGCACUUUCAGUGGAAUGGUCAGAUGAGCUAAAAGGUGGAAAGGCGGUUUGUCUUUCUGGAAUUUUUGAUAAGUUGAGCUAUAAAGUUCGAAGGGCUUUAUCCGCUGAAUCGAUAAAAUGUUCCUUUAGCACUGCAUAUUGUACUCUCAGAUCUGAAGAUGCUUCUAUCAACAACCUGCAUUUUCUGAUUCAAAGCAUUAGAAGAGAUGUUCCCAUGAUACAUCCUGAUAAGUCUAGUGAUUCUUCUGAAGGUAUAAAUUCAGCAGUAGCACUACAGGAGCAAAAGGAAAUUUUUCUUCUUCCUACAGUACGAGUGUCCAAUUUAUUGCACUCAGAGAUACAUGUGCUUUUAACUGAGACAGCUCUGCAUACCACCUCUGUUAGUGACAAUAUUGGAAAGGAAGCAACUAUAGCAUGUGGAUCAACAGCAGAUUUUUAUGCUAAUCCUGCCUUAAUAUAUUUUACAAUCACUUUAACUGCUGUUAGAUCAAGCUGUAAACCAGUGAAUAGUGGUGAUUGGAUCAAGAAGUUAAUUAAGAACAAAAAUGAUGUCCACUGUUUGGAGAUUGAUCUAGAUUUUGGUGGUGGAAAGUACUUUGCAUUGCUGAGAUUGUCUCGUGGGUUCAGAGGCACACUAGAGGCUGCUAUUUUUACACCAUAUUCCUUGAGAAAUAACACCGAUUUUCCCCUCUUUUUCUGCGCUCCUAAUCAGAAGCCUCUGUCUAGGGGUGAGGUCAGAAAUCUUGGUUCCAGCAUUCCUCCUGAAUUAGGUUUAUUUUGCCCCCCAAAUUCGAUAAGGUCAUGGUUUUUAAAAUCCCACAAGAUGCAGCUCAAAUUGUUGGAGGACCAUUCAUCUGAGGUGCUGUUAGACUUGGAUGCUUUAUCAGGAGUCUCAGAGCUAAGCUUAGAGAUAAUAGAAGAAUCUGGGCUCAAAUUUAUAACAAAGUUUGGAGUUUCUAUUGGACCAUCGUCAAGUGUGGUGGAAGUUCCAUCACAAAUUGUAACUAUGACCCCAAGGCAUGUUAUAUAUAAUGAGUCAGAGGAAACUAUCACUAUCCGUCAAUGCUAUGUGGAGGACGGAAUGGCACACAUGAGCUACAUCAACAGUAAAGAGAGAAAAAUACUACGACUGCAGAAUUGUAUUGGCAAGAGCAAGGAAUUCAGUAUUUUUGAGAAUGUCAUCAGGAAGCAUAGGCAUGAUAUUGAUACUUCAUCAGUAUAUAUACAGUUUCAACUGAAUGAUUCUGAAUCAGGCUGGUCAGGGCCAUUAUGCAUUGCUUCACUGGGAUGCUUUUUCCUGAAAUUCAGGAAACAAUCAAAUCCAGUUCAAGCUUUGAGUAACAACACAACAGAAUUUGCUUCUGUUCAUGUGAUAGAAGAAGGUUCCAGCCUUGGGUUGCAUUUUUAUAAACCGCCAAAUGUUAAUCUACCAUAUCGGAUUGAGAAUCAUUUACGUGAUGCAUCUCUCACUUACUAUCAAAAGGAUUCAUCAGAGCAAGAGGUUCUUGGAUCUGACUCUGUUGCUCAUUAUGUCUGGGAUGAUUUGGUUCUUCCACAUAAGCUGGUUGUUAUAAUAAAUGAUAUGCACCUAUUACGUGAAAUUAACUUGGAUAAGGUGCGGGCUUGGAAACCUUUUCGCAAACUUAAACAACACAGAGGGUUGGCGUCUCUUUCGCUUUCUGACAAAAAGCCCAGAGACCAAAAAGAUUAUUUUGGUCAGUUGAAAAGCACGGAUAUUGUAAACAUCGGGUAUGAAAUAUAUGCAGAAGGUCCCACACGUGUGUUGCGUAUUUGUGAGUUUUCCAGCAGUCAGAAAGAGAACAUAGUGGUUCAGUCAUGUGCAAAAGUCCAACUAAGAGUAUAUCAUUUUGCAAUCCACCUACUUGAAGAUGGAAAGCAGACCACCAUGGAUUUCCCAGUGAAAAUUAUUUUGUAUGUGAGGCUAGCUUGGCAAUAUCAGUUGAAGAAGUGGCUGAUGCAAUGGCUUCAUUUUUAUGUUGAUCUAAUGCUAUUGUUUGUGAAGGAUUUAGAUAACAAUGAGGAACCAUGCUAUACACCAUUUAUAGUGGCAAGGCUUGGCAACAUCAAUCUGGAUUCUAUCAUUACUGAUCAGCAGAAAUAUAAUCAGAUUAGUUUGCAGUCAUUAAAUAUUGAUCAGAAGUGGACUGGUGCUCCUUUUGCAGCAGUGCUUCGGAGACAUCAAUUAGACUCCAUUGACUCAAAUGUUCCUGUACUCAAAGUUGUCUUCAUCCUUCUUUCAAACAACUCCAAUGUUAGACAAGUUAAAUACUUGUCCAUUAUUCUGCAGCCAAUUGAUCUGAACCUUGAUGAGGAGACUUUAAUAAGACUUGCCUCAUUUUGGCGAACAUCUCUCAGUGACUCGAGUGCUCCAAGUCAGCGGUAUUACUUUGAUCAUUUUGAGGUCCAUCCAAUAAAGAUUAUUACAAACUUUCUCCCUGGAGAUUCAUAUUCAAGCUAUGAUUCAGCUCAGGAGACUCUAAGGUCAUUGCUGCACAGUGUGGUGAAGGUUCCUCCCAUAAAAAAUAUGGUUGUAGAGCUCAACGGGGUCCUGGUUACUCAUGCUUUGAUAACCAUGCGAGAAUUAUUCAUCAGAUGCGCACAACAUUAUUCCUGGUAUGCAAUGAGGGCCAUUUAUAUUGCAAAAGGAAGUCCCUUGCUUCCACCUGCUUUUGUGUCCAUAUUUGAUGACCUCGCUUCAUCUUCUCUUGAUGUUUUCUUUGACCCUUCUCGAGGGUUGCUUAAUCUUCCUGGCUUUACAUUAGACACCUUCAAGUUCAUCAGUAAAACUAUUGGUGGUAAAGGGUUCUCAGGCACAAAACGCUACUUUGGGGAUCUGGAAAAAACUUUGAGAACUGUGGGAUCAAAUGUGUUGUUUGCUGCUGUCACUGAAAUAUCAGACUCCAUUGUGAAGGGAGCAGAAAGAAGUGGUUUUGAUGGAAUGGUGAGUGGAUUUCACCAAGGAAUAAUGAAAUUGGCUAUGGAGCCAUCACUGCUGGGAACUGCUCUGAUGGAAGGUGGCCCAGACAGAAAGAUCAAGCUUGAUAGAAGUCCUGGCAUUGAUGAGUUAUAUAUUGAAGGUUACCUGCAAGCUAUGUUGGACACAAUGUACAGGCAGGAGUAUCUGAGAGUCAGAGUGAUAGAUGAUCAGGUGUUUCUCAAAAACCUACCCCCAAACAGUGCCCUCAUAGAUGAGAUCAUGGAUCGUGUGAAGGGUUUCCUUAUAAACAAGGCAUUGUUAAAAGGAGAUUCUUCAGUUUCUUCUCGCCCUUUGCGCCAUCUUGGAGGAGAAAGUGAAUGGAAAAUCGGACCAACUUUGAUGACAUUGUGUGAGCACCUGUUUGUGAGUUUUGCAAUACGCAUAUUGAGAGAGCAAACUGGUAAGCUAGUGGCUAACAUCAAGUGGAAAAAAGAAACAGAGGUGGAAGAUGAUAGAGCUAUAGUCCCCGCAGACACCAGUGAACAGGAGCACAAGGUGAAGUUCAUCUGGAAAUGGGGAAUCGGUAAGUUUGUGUUUUCAGGCAUUCUAGCAUAUAUUGAUGGGCGUUUAUGUCGCGGUAUUCCUAAUCCUAUAGCCCGACGAAUUGUCAGUGGUUAUCUGUUAAGUUUUCUUGAUAGAAGUGACACCAAAUAAUGAAACGCUAUGAUAGAUGUUGUUUAUUUAUUUAUUAUAUUCAGUUUGCUAUUAUUUUUCUUUCUCCUACAUUUCCCAGAAUCGGCCAAUUUCUGAUACAAAAUCCACGAAUUGGUGAGCGUGUCAUGAGUUAUCACCAUCAAUGUCAUUUUAUUAUUGUUAUUUUGCAA